CCAUAGAUAAUAAUUUAAACAAAUAUAACCUAAUAUAACCGGUAAUAAUUUUGUAUACAUAAAGGAAUUGAUUGUUAAUAUGUUUAAAACGUUAAUUAAUAAACAGUCAUGAGGCGAAGUUUAGCUCCAAGUCAAAGAUAUAAUGGCCCAUUAUCUUCCCCAAAAACGAAUUUUAUCUCUCCUAUUUCUAAACCCCUCAAAAGAACUAGAGAUCAUUCAACUGAUAAGGCUCCUAAACAAAGAAGGCCAUUAGCCCCUUUAAAUCAAAAAACAGAAAUAAUAUUUGUCUCAGAUUAUGAAGAAAUAAUUAAGAAACUUUCCAAACCAUUUAAAUGUCCUAUUCCAAAUUAUGUUGGAUCUUAUUCAACAAAAAAUUUAGGCAUUAAACGAAGCCAGAUAAAGAGAGCUUUGUAUGACCCUAAUACUCCAAAUGCUUUGGUUCUGUAUACUCCUCCAGAAAUGUCUGAGCAUGAGAAGUUAAAAAGUGAAGGCCCAACGUUGGUACAUGUAGUUGUGGAUCCAACGUUGAGUAAUAUUUUGAGACCCCAUCAAAGAGAAGGUGUUAAGUUUAUGUAUGAUUGUGUAACUGGUGUACAAAUACCUGGCUCUUAUGGAUGCAUAAUGGCAGAUGAAAUGGGCCUUGGAAAAACAUUACAGUGCAUUACAUUGCUGUGGACUUUACUUAAACAGGGUCCUGAGUGUAAAGCCACAAUACAAAAAGCAAUAAUUGUAUGUCCAAGUUCUUUAGUAAGAAAUUGGAGUAAUGAAAUACAAAAGUGGUUAGCAGGGAGAUUACCAUGCCUAAUAAUGGAUGGUGGAUCAGAUGCCAAAGCAAAAUUACGGCAAUUUAUGCAGGGCCAAGGCCGUACUUCCAUACCGUUGCUGAUAAUUUCCUACGAAACAUUUCGAAUGCACGCCGAUAUCUUGCAUACCAGUGAAAUAGGGCUAGUAAUGUGUGACGAAGGACAUAGGCUUAAAAAUUGUGAAAACCAGACUUACAGGGCCUUAAUGUGUCUUAAAGCUAAAAGAAGGGUUUUAUUAAGUGGUACGCCUAUUCAGAACGAUCUUACGGAAUAUUUUAGUCUUAUACAUUUUGUAAAUGAGGGACUUCUGGGAAGUGCACAAGAAUUUAGACGAAAAUACGAAAAUUAUAUAAUUAAAGGUCAAGAUGCGUGCGCAACCCUGCUAGAACGUCAACAUGCGCAGGAAUGUCUCCAACAACUUACAGCCCUUGUUAAUAAGUGUCUUAUAAGACGUACCAGUUCCUUACUUACUAAAUAUUUACCGGUGAAAUUUGAGAUGAUAAUUUGCUGCCAGCUUACCCCAUUACAAAAGCAACUGUAUCAAAAUUAUAUAAAUUCGGAAGCCAUUAGGAAAACGGUUGUAAAUAAUGAAGAUGCUAAACCUAGCCUAAGUACCUUAGCCAGUAUUACGACCUUAAAAAAAUUAGUUAACCAUCCCGAUCUGGUUAUGGACAAAAUCAUGGAAGGAGCAGAUGGAUUUGAGAAAGCUAAAGAUUUGUUACCCGUUAGGGGUAAUUCUACGGACGUAAGACCGGAAUUUUCGGGUAAAUUAAUGCUUUUGGAUUGUUUAUUAGCUAAUCUGAAGACGAAUUACGAUGAUAAAAUUGUUCUGGUUUCGAAUUAUACACAAACGUUGGAUUUAUUUGAAAGACUUUGCAAGAAAAGGGGUUAUUUAUAUGUGAGACUUGAUGGUACAAUGACAAUUAAAAAGCGUGCCAAAGUCGUGGAAAAUUUCAACAAUCCUGAAUCAAAAGAGUUUAUAUUCAUGUUGAGUUCAAAAGCAGGUGGUUGCGGUUUGAAUUUGAUCGGCGCAAAUCGCCUCGUUAUGUUCGAUCCUGAUUGGAAUCCAGCUAAUGACGACCAAGCCAUGGCGAGGGUUUGGAGAGAUGGUCAAAAAAAGCCGUGCUACAUUUAUAGACUUUUAGCAACAGGAACGAUUGAGGAAAAGAUAUUCCAGCGACAAGCUCAUAAAAAGGCCCUAAGCUCAACAGUAGUUGAUAUGAAUGAAGAAACUGCUAGACAUUUUACAGCUGCUGAGUUGAGGGAAUUGUUCCGUUUGGAAAAUACCGAGUCCGAUACGCACGCGCGACUUAAGUGCGCUAGAUGUCUUAAUAAAAUACAAAUAAAGAAUCCUCCUGACGAUGCCGAUUGUACUUCUGAUGUAUCUAAUUGGUACCAUGCGUGGGAUAAAAAGGGACUUGCCGAUAUUGUGGUAAAGCAAAUAUGGGACUUAUGCAAAUGUAUUUCUUUCGUUUUCCAUCAAAAGUCUGCAAAUGCAGUUGUGAAACCUAAGGAAAAGGAAAAAGAAGAAGAUGAAGACCCGCAAGAAGAAAAGGAUGAAAAUUAUAGUGAUUAUGAUUCAGAUUAAAAUUAUAUUUUAUAA